GCAACAUGGCAGCAGCCAUGGAAACUGAACAGCCGAGCCUUGAAAUCUUUGAAACUGCGGGCUGUGAGGAGCAGGUCCAGAGGGAGGAGCAGCCAAAACUGGAACCUUUCUACGUAGAGAGACAUUCCUGGAGCCAGCUUCGGAAACUGCUCACAGAUACGCGGAAGUAUCAUGGAUACAUGAUGGCAAAAGCUCCUCACGACUUCACGUUUGUGAAGAAAAAUGAUCCUGAAGGACCUCAUUCUGAUAGGAUCUACUAUCUGGCGAUGUCUGGGGAGAACAGGGAAAACACGCUUUUCUACUCUGAAAUUCCCAAAACCGUAAACAAAGCCGCCGUCCUGUUGCUUUCCUGGAAGCCUCUUUUGGAUCUUUUUCCGGCCGUCCUGGACUAUGGGAUGUACUCUCGUGAAGAGGAGUUGCUGCGGGAGAGGAAGCGAAUUGGCACCAUUGGGAUUGCCUCUUAUGAUUACCACCAAGAAAGCGGCACCUUUCUGUUUCAGGCAGGGAGCGGAAUUUAUCAUGUAAAAGAUGGAGGCCCUCACGGAUUCACUCAACAGCCUUUAAGACCCAUUCUGGUAGAGACCAGUUGUCCAAAUAUCCGGAUGGAUCCCAAGCUCUGUCCAUCUGAUCCGAAUUGGAUUGCUUUUAUCCAUAGCAAUGACAUCUGGAUAUCUAAUAUAGAAACUAGAGAAGAAAGGAGGCUGACAUUUGUGCACAAUGAACUGGCCAAUGUUGAGGAGGAUCCAAAAUCUGCUGGGGUGGCUACUUUUGUGCUGCAGGAGGAGUUUGACAGAUACACUGGCUACUGGUGGAGCCCAAAGGCACAGCCGAGUAAGUGUGGUGGAUCUAGGGUUCUUCGAAUUCUUUAUGAAGAAAAUGAUGAGUCAGAGGUGGAAAUUAUUCAUGUCACAUCGCCCAUGCUGGAGACAAGAAGAACAGAUUCCUUCCGGUACCCCAAAACUGGUACAGCAAAUCCAAAGGUCACUUUCAAGAUAUCUGAAGUGACAAUCAAUGCGGAAGGCAGAAUUGCAGAUGUUGUGGAUAAAGAGCUAGUUCAGCCGUUCGAGAUCCUCUUUGAAGGAGUAGAGUACAUUGCUAGAGCUGGGUGGACGCCAGAAGGAAAAUACAUCUGGUCCAUUUUACUGGAUCGCUCCCAAACUCGACUGCAGAUAGUCUUGAUCCCUCCUGCAUUAUUCAUCCCAACAGAAGAUGAUGCAAUGGAAAGACAGAAACUUAUCGAUGCUGUACCAGAUUCUGUUACACCUUUCAUUAUUUAUGAAGAAACAACAGACAUCUGGAUAAAUAUCCAUGAUAUCUUCUAUGUUUUCCCUCAAACCCAUGAAGAUGAGAUAGAGUUCAUUUUUGCCUCUGAGUGUAAAACAGGAUUCCGUCACCUAUACAAAGUCAUCUCAGUUUUGAAGGAGAGCAAGUAUAAGCGGUCAUGUGGAGGCCUCCCUGCUCCAAGUGACUUCAAGUGCCCCAUCAAAGAGGAGAUAGCGAUUACCAGCGGAGAAUGGGAAGUGCUUGGCAGACAUGGAUCCAAUAUCUAUGUUGAUGAAGCCAAAAAACUGGUGUACUUUCAAGGCACAAAAGACUCACCUUUAGAGCAUCACUUGUACGUUGUUAACUAUAAGAAUCCUGGAGAAGUGAAGCGGCUGACAGAACGUGGUUACUCUCACGCCUGCUGUGUCAGCCAGGAUUGUGACAUGUUCAUCAGCAAGUACAGUAAUCAGAAGAACCCGCACUGUGUGUCGCUUUACCGGCUGACAGGACCUGAAGAUGAUGCAGCAGCUCACAGGACAAAGGAAUUCUGGGCUACCAUUUUAGAUUCAGCAGGCCCUCUUCCUGAUUACAUUCCCCCAGAAGUGUUCUCCUUCGAGAGCUCCACGGGGUUUACGCUCUAUGGGAUGAUGUACAAACCUCACAAUCUGCAACCUGGAAAGAAGUACCCCACUGUGCUCUUCAUCUAUGGAGGUCCUCAGGUACAGCUAGUGAACAAUCGGUUUAAAGGAAUCAAGUAUUUCCGUUUGAACACUUUGGCCUCUUUAGGCUACGUUGUUGUUGUCAUUGACAACAGGGGGUCCUGCCACCGAGGGCUGAAGUUUGAAGGAGCAUUUAAAUACAAAAUGGGACAAAUAGAAAUUGAUGACCAAGUGGAAGGGCUGCAGUAUUUAGCAUCCCAGUAUGACUUCAUUGAUUUGGACCGUGUUGGCAUUCAUGGCUGGUCCUACGGAGGCUACCUCUCUCUAAUGGCUUUAAUGCAGAGGUCAGAUAUCUUCAGGGUUGCCAUUGCCGGAGCACCCGUCACGCUGUGGAUUUUCUACGACACUGGUUACACAGAGCGCUACAUGGGCCACCCGGAUCACAACGAGCAGGGGUAUUACCUAGGUUCCGUGGCCAUGCAGGCUGAGAAGUUUCCUUCUGAACCGAACCGUUUGCUGCUGCUGCAUGGGUUCUUGGAUGAGAAUGUUCACUUUGCACACACUAGUAUUUUACUCAGCUUUUUAGUGAGAGCUGGGAAACCCUAUGACUUACAGAUCUACCCUCAGGAGAGACACAGUAUAAGGGUACCCGAGUCGGGAGAGCACUAUGAACUCCAUCUACUGUAUUACCUGCAAGAGAAUCUGGGCUCUCGUAUUGCUGCCCUGAAGGCAAUGUGACUGACCUCUGCAGAACUCUGCUCCACUGGCUGCUUUACCGAACGAGGAGAUGUAAGAGACUAGAGAAAAUAGGAUGGGACAUUGCAUUUUGGUGCCUGCCACAUGUACACACACGUACACACACACACACAGAGACACUUUUUUAAAAGUAAAUUUGGUGCCAUACAGGAAAUUGAAGUACGGUGACCUAAUAACUUUAAAGCUUGGGGUGUAAAUAAAAUCAAAUGUCUGUGGU